UUUACUGUGCAAUCGCAAAAAAAAAUCACGUGCUCAAAAACAAAGAGAAAAUAGCUUUGAAAAAAAACUCGAACAAUUAUUUGACAUCGCUGGGAAGAAUAGUUUAAAAGGUUUCGAUAGAAAUAAUAAUAUUGAUUUUCAACUUCCAAUGUCUUCAAAUCUGCAAGAAAAUAAUAAUAAUAUCUCAGACGAAAAACACGAAGAAAUAAUGGAAAUAGAGGCGAUAGAAGACACCUCUCGUGAUUAUAACAGUAAUGAUGAUUGUGAUGCUACAACAUCUAGUCAGGAGUUGCAAUCAAAGUCAGAUUCAUUUAUGAGUCAAAAUUCAAAUGUGUCUAACUUUGAAACAGAUUUUUUAACAGCAAAACGGACACCAAAAAUUAAUAUUAUGACGCCAGAAUUAGCUGCUGCACUGGAUCGUGGUAAUGUAAGUAGCCGAAGCGCCACAUAUGUUUUGGCAGCUACUUUAAAAAGUGUGGGAUUCGAUACUCGGAAUGUAAAUUUGAGUUAUAAAACUAUUCAACGACAGCGUAUAAUUCAUCGGAAAGAAAUUGCUAAAGGCUUAAAAGAAGACUUAAAAUUCAAUGACAAUUAUGUGGUCCAUUGGGAUGGUAAACUGCUAAGUGAUAUUGUUGGGACAGAAACAGUAGAUAGGCUUCCGGUGCUUUUAACAUCGUCUGGCAGUGAACAGCUAUUGGGUAUUCCAAAAAUUAAUUCAGGAUCUGGGAUUGAGCAAGCUUUUAGCUGUAUACUCAACUAUGGAGCAAUGGGGGUGUCAAAAUUUCUUCCAAGAAAUGACUAUCGAGAAUUUUUGGAGUUAUCAUCUAUUUUCUUGGGAGCUACGCCAAAGGAUAAUUACACUUUUAAAUGUCCGGGAGCAAUGAGUCAUGCUCGUUGGAUGUCGAAGGCGAUUUAUUGUUUGAAAAUAUUUAUUUUUCGAACAGAGUUUAAGAUUACACCUAAAGAGUUAAAUAAUCUUCGUCAUAUUUGUAUUUUCAUAGUUACAACUUAUAUAAAAGCUUGGUUUACUUCAUCCUCGGCAAUUUUGGCUCCAAAUAAUGAUUUGACUUUGAUGCAACAAUUGAUAUUAUAUAACAAAAUAAACUCGACUGUAUCGCAAGCUGCUCUCAAGAAAAUGGUGAGACAUUUAUGGUAUUUGAGUGAUCAAUUAGCCAUAAUGUCUCUAUUUGAUGAUUCUAUUGACCUGACUGUGAAGAAAAAUGAUUGA